AUGACGUCCCUCGAUUCGCCUCCGAUGCACAUCGAUGGGCUCCCCAAUGAAGUGCUCGUGCAUAUCUUCUCGUUUCUCGCCUUUCGCGAGCAGUUCCCGCUCCUCGCCCGGGUGUGCAAGCGCUGGACCUGCGCAGUGUAUCUCACUCAUACACUCGUUGUCCCAGCGACUCCGCAUGUAAAAGCCCAGAACAUCAACGUUCUUCUUGCCCGGUAUCCCCUCGUGAAGAGGCUGUUUCUGAUCCCAAGCCCGAGAACCCUCUCGGAGCAUGAUCCGGACCUGCUUCACCAGAUCGCAGCCCAAUUCAAGGGCCAUCCCAGUUUGAUGGAGCUCUACUGUGGUAGCGACUACCUUGUGCCGAGUGCCCUGACACUCUGUCCCAGCCUCGCGAUCCUUCGGCUCCCCCACAUUCAUCGUGGAUAUGACUCUGAUGACUUUGACGGAGACGACGAUUAUGACGACCACGACGUCAAUGCGACUGCCGGUCACAAUGAUGAACUCAGCGGCCAGAUGAAUGACUCCGCCAUCGAUCUUACCUCGAUCACCGAGUCUCCCGCGAUAGCUUCCGAUGCUCCUUUUAGCCAGCUCACCCGCCACAAUCACUGGUCGAGCGCCCACAACGAAGCCAAGAUCAACGGCCGACGGAACCUUGGCAUGAUUCUCAAGUACGCCAAGUCUCUGCGUUCGAUUGAUAUCGAGUCUCCGAUCUUCUGGCGCCGCGAUGCCCACCCCGGCGUCAUUGAUAACAAUCAAAUGCUGCGCAACACUAGUGUCCGGGAUUCCCCAUCAACUCUGGAGCACCUCCGUAUCUCGUCCAUGGUCAAUUGGUCCUUGUCGAAUUUUAUCCGAUGGCUUAGCCGGACGACUCCUGUGCUCCCUCAAUUGCGCACCUUCAUCUUUGAUGCCGACUACACCGAAAUCCCAUCCGCUUCGUUUCCAGGCUUCAUUUCGUCGUUGUCCGCGGGCUGUCCUUGCUUGUCGUCGCUGAAGAUCAAGUACGCCACUCUGUCAAAGUCGGCUGUCCACGACAUCACGGCCCAUCUCCGUCAGCUGGAACACCUUUCGAUUGGCAAAACGGACGUGUGUUUCCCAAACCCAUUCCAACUGCAGCAAGCCAGCGCCAGCAACCAGGAUCCAGACGGUCCAGUUGGAUAUGGUCAUCUGAUCGAGUAUUUGACCAGCUCCCUUCCACAGCUUCGGUCCUUGCACUUCAAUCAGUGCCAGUUGACCUCUGUGCCGCUCUCUGAUUUCCAUGGGUCGACCGAGCCACUCACUUCGAGCUCGGCCCGAGGCUGCCCAGACAACGGAUCCCAUCCCCUUCAGUCGCUCAAGAUAUUUGAUCAUGGCAUCGACCGUCCGACCUCGUUCGUGGUGCUGGAGACGUUGUUGCGAUUCAAGCGACUGUCAUCGAUCCGAAUCGAUGUCCCCAGCGAUCUCUUGCAUGGCCAGAGAGCCGAAUAUCUCCGGACCCUGAUCUCGGCCCGUAGCCAGCUUCGUCAGAUCGAGUUUCGGUGCUCGUCACAGCGCUUCGAACACACACAACCUGUCGACACGACAUUCGAUCUGGAAGGCAUCCAAGUCGCUCACGAGGGUCCUGUGCGGCCGGCGCUGGAGGCGUUGUCAAUCUGGUCUUCGCCUGGGUUUCCCUCGAUGCUCCUGAACGACCUCAGCGCUGCCACGUUGACGCGAUUGCAUCUGAAUUAUCUCCCUGCGCUCUCGACGAUGAUGACGAUGAAACCGCUCUCAUUCCCGUGCCUGCGCGAGCUCGAAAUCAAGGCUAUCACGCUCCUGGCGCACUCGAUCUGCCUCAGUUUGCUGGAGUACUUGGUCCAGGAUGCGCCCAAACUCACGUCCCUGAAGCUCGAGGCGCUGCAUCGAGAGCCCACGCCUCUGGACCACACCGUUGUGUCCAGUCUCGGUGCUCGGUGCCCAGGCCUGCAAGAUCUCAAGCUGUUCCACUUUACUAUCGACAUUGCCGUCAUCAAGCAACUGCAGACAAUGUGGUCCAGUCUUCACACCCUCGAGAUCACCGGGCUCAACGCCGUCCCAACCAUUACUCUGGCCUGGGAGCGAGAGUUCAUGACCUUUCUCUUCAACCAUCGCGGUCUGCGGCAUCUCCGACUGUCGGCUGGAGUGAUUCUGAUUCCAGGCCUCAACUUGGCAUGUGGUGGGGCCGCUGCUGAGCCAAGAGGCGAUGUCGUGAGCCCGCUACCAUCGGACCUGUCGGUCUUUCGAAGAUACUCACACCUGGUGCGGGAGAAGGCGUGGUGGCUCGAGGAAUGCGUCAUCCGUGGUCGAUAGCCAAACAAGCGCAAGCCGACUGAUGGACAUUGGUUUAUGGCGGUGUCGGCGGCGUCGGCGGCCUGACCGGUGCACCACCUCGAGGACGGACA